AUGGAAUUACUCAACACACCCAACUUACCUAGCCACCCAAACCACUACCCUCAUCAACUUUCGCCAAGCAAUCCACUCAGGUCAACUGCAUCAUCAUCAUUAGACGCAACCCUCGACCAGAUUCAAGUGAGAAAGAUAAGUGGGAAGUGGGAAGUGGGGCAACGAUGGUGGGAAGGGGAGUGGGGUGGCAGGGUUGGGUACCUUGGGGAUGGGGGUGAGAGCUAG